AUGGCCCUGCCACAAGGCCCAGCCAACAGCAGCCUUCCCGUGGGGGGCACCAGCCCCUUGGAGGGUACCCCAGGGCCCAGCCGCACCCUGGACAGCCCAGAGGUCAGCAGGCGACAUGCACUUCUCCGAGAGCUUGAGAUGCAAGUACAGGCGGCUUAUGGACAGGUAAAGAGGGCUGGGUGGACCGUCCUCAACAGUGGGGCUCUGAAAAUGCAGACCCCACACCCUCACUGGGAGCCGUCACAGAGGGGGAUCCCCAGAUGCGUGUUGAAGGAGAGGUCAGUUGGGGCCUCCCACUGCAGCCCCAGCCCCAAAGACCAGAGGGGCCCUGGGCCAGGGGUCCAGGGCUACUCGGUGCUGAGCAGUCGGCUGGGGCCUGCCUGCAUCUUCCUUAGGCCCAGCAUUGCUACCACCCAGCUUGACCGGGAGCUGCGACCAGAGGAGAUUGAAGAGCUGCAGAUCGCCUUCCAGGAGUUUGAUCGUGACCAGGAUGGCUACAUCGGCUACCGGGAGCUGGGAGCCUGCAUGCGGACCCUGGGCUAUAUGCCCACAGAGAUGGAACUCAUUGAGAUUUCGCAGCAAAUAAGUGGCGGGAAGGUGGACUUUGAGGACUUCCUGGAGCUGAUGGGCCCCAAACUGUUGGCAGAAACGGCAGACAUGAUUGGUGUCAGGGAGCUCCGGGAUGCCUUCUGGGAGUUUGACACCAACAGGGAUGGCCGCAUCAGCUUGAGCGAGCUUCGUGCGGCGCUCAAAGGCCUGCUGGGAGAGCGUCUCUGCCAGCGGGAGGUGGACGAGAUCCUCCAAGACAUGGACCUCAACGGGGACGGCCUGGUCGACUUUGAAGAGUUUGUACGGAUGAUGUCUCGUUGA